GAUUCCCAUCGUAUGUUGAGGGACCACUGUAUACCGUAAGGGUGUAUUCACACAUACAGUAUCCUGCACAUAAUUAAUGGGACGGAUUUGAAGUGUGCUCAAUCACUUAGUUUACAUCAAAUCCUGCGCAUCAAAUAGGCACAGGAUACUGUACGUGUAAUUCUCUCAUUAUCCAUUGAAUAUUAAAUGUCAUUAUAUUUAGUUACAACAUACUGUUACAGGGAUCCAUGUCCUGCCUGCAUUGUAACGGAACUCUUACCAUCCUUACAUUGACCUCAUUUCCUAUUGCAGGCACGACAUCAUCUGCAUGGCUCCUGGUUUAUUUGGCAGUCACCACAAUGCUACCAGUUGUUUUGUCAGCACCAACAUCCUCCAGCUAUGCCUUCGGCAGUCCAACUAGAGGAGGGCUUGAAAAUGUGGCAAAUGUCUUAGUAACUGAGACGGGCAAGCUAUUGGCUGUGAUCUGCAAAAAAACUCCCAACCUGUGCAGGAGCAGUAGUGAACAUCUCUUGAGAAUGGACCUGAAACUUCCCGAAAUUAAUAUGGAGUCUGGAUGCCUGAGCACAAAAUUCAAUAAGGAAAAAUGUCUGCCCAAAAUUCACAGUGAUCUUCUGAGGUUCCAGACUUAUUUCGAUUUUCUGAAGGAAUCUAUGCCAAGCAAUAAAAACAUCAUUGACUUUAUACAGGUCAAGACCAUCUCUUUGGCAGAUGCCUUAAAACAUCUGGAAGAAAAUCUGUCUGAAGACAAACAAGACACUACUGGCAUCGCAGUGGAUGAUCUAAGGUCUAAAGAUCAAUGGAACCAGAAUCUAACAAGCUAUAUCAUCCUGCAGUCCUUCAAGGAGUACAUGGAGAAGACAGUCCGAGCUGUACGAAACAGUGUAAAUGUCUCUAAAUGAACACCUUCAAUUUGCUGUACUACUAUGUAGUGAAGAUUGGUUCUAUUUUCAGAACAACAAUUGUCACUUAGUUUGUUGAAUAUAAAUUAUUUUAUUUAUAAUGUAUGUUGCAAAUCAACUGUUAUUUAAAUAUUUAUUUUCAUAUAUAUUUAUUUUAUAUUGUUACAGUUUUAAUUAUAUUAUACAGUUUUUGCCUAAUGAUGCUUUGUCUGUGGUAAGUCAAUACGUUCACAUUAUGUUUUGCAAAGAUAGGAAUGCUCUCAAAGUAUAAGCCACAUCCAUAGACUUCUAUAGAUCAGACCCAUGUUAAGAGUGGCUUUUAUGUUUAGGAGAAAUGUAUUGACAUGCCGGUUUUCUUCAUACUUAGCUUGGUCAGUAUUUGGAUCUUAUUUAGUCAAGUGUGGAUCAAAAAAUCUUUAUUGUUUUCUCUGAGUUGGUUCCACUAAAAGUACUGACCAUAAUACUACAUAUGAACAUAGUUCAGUUUGUGGAUAGCUUAAUAGUGGACUUUGGUGUUUUAUUAUUUUUUCUGUGUGUGUUUAAAACAAAGUGUAUUAUAUAUUUUUUUCUAUAAAAAGUCAAUGAGACAAUGUUUGGCAUGGAGUUGCAUAUGUCCAUAUCACACUUUUGCCA